AGCCCGCUCCUCGGUAGAGGAGGUCCGCCUUUCUCCUUAGUGGUGGGGGGAGGAUGGCCCCACGCCGCCUCAGCCAAUAGGGGAGCAGCAGCGGUUACCGACCGCUGACGUGAUGACGAGACGCGCGCACACACAGCCGACUUGAUGACUAAACUGACAUUACAAUGUGUAUUUGAUAUACUUUAGCACGAAUUGUUCUAGACAGAAAUAAAUGUCAUCAAAUUGUAAAAAAAAUAUUUCAUUAUUUAAUCGAACAGGGGUUGUAUGCGCGACCGACUUCCGCAUAGGGCAAAACAGGACGAAGCACUUCCUUCCGGUUCAGGAGCAACCGUCUGUUGUUUCGAACAUGUCGUCAAGAUGACAAUAUCCGUUGUUUAGGCUUUGUUCAUGUUUACAUAUAUCAACUAAUGCAUAUAAAUAAAUUAUGUAAAUGUAUCGUAUUUAACUUUUAUUGGAAAACACCAGCCAAAAACAAACAAAAACAAAAAAAACAACGAAAUUUUAGUUUGGCUUUAAACCAUCCAACCAUCAUCAACCUGUAGUUAUGCUCGUUAUAACACAGGAACUCCACUAACGUGUUUUCCAGGUUUGGUCACGUGACAUUCCGCAUAAAGCGGAUUCUUCUUUUAUAAAGAGAUUAACUCGUUUAAUAUUUCAGCGUCCUUCACCAUAUCACGGUUCACUUUUUGCACUCUCACUCCAACGCUGAUUUUUAAAUCGUACGUAUCUAAUUUUACAUCCUGGAUUUUUUUGUGACUGCGGACACAGAGUAUGUCCUAAGUUUGGGAUCAUUUCACACUUAAAAAGAAGAUAAAGUGAAACCUCUAUUACAAAGCAGAACUGGCUUUCACAACUGCACGUCGACAGUGAAGUCACGUCCUUAGCUGAUUUAUUAUAUAGUAGCCUAUGACCGAUAGAGUAUUGUUAUAUUCGCUGUCUACAUGUGUUGCUGCAUUGUGUGUAUUUAAAAAUAUGGCGCUUAAGGUGUUAUUACACCACAACAUAUUAGGUGGCCUGUCCAUAAGGUUUCCCAUUAUGUGUUAGCAUUAAGCUAGCAGACUUGCGUGGUUGUUUAUACACGUCUCAUCCUCUUUGUUUUCUGUUUAGUUUAACAGUAAAUAAACAGCUUGAAGCCUCUUUUUGGACAAAUUCAUAUCUCAAAUUUUGGCUGGCAAGUCAAAACGAAAAAACAACGGCUCAUACCUCGAAAACUUCAUACAUUGGGUCACUCGUAUCUUAAGCCACCACUGUAUAUUUGAAGGCCAUAUCGCACACCCCUAUUGUGGACUAAAUAAAGUGGCCAGUCAGUGUACAUCCUCUACUUUCCUGUACACAUUUAGUCAGUGAAUGCAACUGGAAUCACACAAUGGAGACAUUUAAUAAAUCAUUAUAUCGUCUUGUGCAGAAAUGAGGACUCAUAUUGUACAAUGACAAUGUCAAUUAAAUGCCGCCAUCAUUAGCUCUAAUGCGCUAAUGCUAAUCAUCUUGGAGCAGACUCCGCCCACAGGCUGAGAAAAGCCUGGAGUCAGGACUGGCCCGUGCGGAAGGAAUCCUUUGAGACCCCCUGCACUCAUGAAGCCUCGACCAGGCCUUAGGAGCUUUGCGGUCCGACACAUGACAGAAAACCUUCCCCAAACAAACAAGCGCAACAUGACGCUUCAGGACAUCAACCGGCACCGGGAGACUUGGUGUCGGGUGGAGUCGAACGCCCGCUGCGCUUGGGAAAGAGUCGAAAGGAAACACUACAGUGCGCACCUGAGGUCCAGCCCGGCGCUCCUCGCCGCCAUGACCGGUGGGCCGCAACGGGGGGCGCCCGGUAGGGGGCAGCCACCGCGGCCCGACCGCCUCCCAGAGAGACGCCAUUUUGAAGAAAGCUAUGAUUCCCAGCUGCCAUGGGGCAGCGGUGACUCUUUGCAUCGGAACGGCGCCCGCUGACCUCUGGCACACAAACCUUCCUCAGCGUGGCAGCGUUAAUUUUCUCCGCUUCCACAUGCCGCUGCUAUGCUGAUCCUUUAUAACAACAUUACACUAAUCCACAUUCCUCCUCUCGCUCCGUAUGUGUGUAUACUGUAUGUGUGUGUUUUAACAAUUGUAAUCUGAUUACUCUGCUCAGUCACAUGGCUGAUAUGUUCUGUUUGCGGUGUACAUGUCCAUUUUUCUUAUGUGAAACUAGGGCUGAGCGAUAUGGCCUUACAAUAAAAUUUUGCAA